UUGCAUUUUGGGGCCUGUCCUGUGUAACGUACCGGCGUUGAGGAGAGAGUCGUCGGCGAGGGAGGACGGUCGGCCGCCCGGCUCCUUCCCGUACCACCUGAGGCCUGUUUCCCUCCCUCGCUUCUGACCAGGCUCACCUGUGGUGUUUGGGACCCGCCUUGUGGGGCCAAGAUGAGUUUGUUUGGAUCAACAUCAGGAUUUGGAACUGGGGGCACCAGCAUGUUUGGCAGCACAGCUACUGAUAACCACAAUCCAAUGAAGGAUAUUGAAGUAACUUCACCACCUGAUGAUAGUAUUGGCUGCUUGGCUUUCAGCCCACCAACAUUGCCGGGUAAUUUCCUUAUUGCAGGAUCAUGGGCAAAUGAUGUUCGUUGUUGGGAAGUCCAGGAUAAUGGGCAGACUAUUCCAAAAGCACAGCAGAUGCACACAGGACCCGUGCUAGAUGUUUGCUGGAGUGAUGAUGGGAGUAAAGUGUUCACAGCGUCUUGUGAUAAAAUUGCCAAAAUGUGGGACCUCAACAGUAACCAAGCAAUACAAAUCGCACAGCAUGAAGCUCCUGUCAAGACUAUCCAUUGGAUUAAAGCCCCAAAUUAUAGCUGUGUAAUGACUGGGAGCUGGGAUAAAACUUUGAAGUUUUGGGAUACACGAUCGCCUACUCCAAUGAUGACACUGCAGUUGCCUGAGCGAUGUUACUGUGCUGACGUAGUAUACCCCAUGGCUGUUGUGGCUACUGCAGAGAGAGGCUUAAUAGUUUAUCAGUUAGAGAACCAGCCUUCCGAAUUUAGAAGAAUAGACUCACCACUUAAACAUCAGCAUCGCUGUGUAGCCAUUUUUAAAGACAAAGGGAACAAACCAACAGGCUUUGCUCUUGGAAGCAUCGAAGGAAGAGUAGCCAUUCAUUACAUUAACCCACCUAAUCCUGCAAAAGACAACUUCACCUUCAAAUGUCAUCGGUCCAAUGGCACAAACACAUCUGCACCUCAGGAUAUCUAUGCUGUAAAUGGAAUCGCCUUUCAUCCUGCUCAUGGCACUCUUGCAACUGUAGGAUCUGAUGGUAGAUUCAGCUUUUGGGAUAAAGAUGCGCGGACAAAACUAAAAACGUCAGAGCAGCUGGACCAGCCAAUAUCCGCUUGUUCCUUCAACCAUAACGGCAACAUAUUUACAUAUGCUUCCAGUUAUGAUUGGUCAAAGGGACAUGAAUUCUAUAAUCCGCAAAAGAAAAACUAUAUUUUUCUGCGCAAUGCUGCUGAAGAAUUAAAACCCAGAAAUAAGAAGUAUUAAAUCUUACGGAUGUCAAUAAGAGUCUAGCAGGUGCCACAAGAACGUCAGCCGAGGAAGGGGUCUCUACUGUGAAAUUAGCUAACCUUGCCUGCUAUUGAGGCUUCUUCCUUGUCUCUUUUAUGGUGCAGAAAUAGAAGUGCUCAAACUCUGUUGUUGUUUUUCUCCAAAAUCUUUUUUUUUUUUUUAGUUAUGGUUUAUUUCUUUUUGUGAACUGCCUCCACUUUUUCUUAAACUUUUCUUCUGUUGUGGUCUGCAGCUUUAAAAAAAUAGGCGUUUUAAGGUUGAAAUAGCAUACCCACUUACUUGGGCUGCAAUCGUAUACCCGCCUCAAUGGGACUUAAUUUGAAUAAAGAUGUAUAGGAUUGCACUAGAAUGGCAUCUGAUGGCAGCACUAACUCCCUACUCCAACAAACAUUUGUUGAGAAAACAAACUGCAUCUUAAAAAGUUCUAAACUAUACCAAGGGCUAGCAGUAUAAGAACUGGUGUAAAAUCUUGAAUAUCCUCUCCCUUUUCUGUGUGUGUGUGCGCGUGUGUGUUAAGAAUGGGACAGUUCCCAGUUUGUUGCCCCAAAUCUAUUCCUGGAGCACCUUAAGUUCCUUGGAAACUUCUCAAGACCUUCCUAUGUGAGAAGACCAGUAAAGGUUGACAUGAUUCCUUGAAAGACAUCAUUCUGCUCCCUCUUCUCCUGCUAUGUAUAAACACAAGCAUCUCCUAAGUGCAUUCUGUUGUUUUUGUUUUAUAUCGUAGAAUCCUUUCUCAAAAGAAAAAAGACUCAAGGUGACUUACAACAAAAUUAAAACAAAAAAUUAAAGUAUCUAAAACUAUUAUCUACUAAAUUACAGCCACUCUAUAAAAGAACUAAAACUUCAGUGAUAAACAUUUCAACUGAUACAUUAAACAGCCCAUUGUAAGCCGUCAAAUGACUAAGAACAGAUAAAAGUCUUCACCUGACUCCAAAAAGAUGACAGUGUCGGUGCCAGGCAGGCCCCACAGGGGAGAGCAUUCCUCUACACCUCCUUCAGAGGAAAGCACCCAGAGGAGAGCUUCAAAUGCUGAUUGUAGGGUACAGGUAGGGAAGAGGUUCUCAGAGUGGUUUAUGAACAUCAUUCAGGAGGUUUGUGGAAAAAGUAGAACAAUCAAGAGCGUCUGUCCUUUGCCCUGAACUUGAUUUAUUUUUCUGAAUAUGGAGAUUGAGGCCCUCUUGACCAGGACCGGAUUGUCGAAGAGGCUAACAAGGGCCUGGUAUAAGGCCCCUGAUUUUCAUAAUACAGUGCUGGUUUUGAUGAUGAUGUUGGCACUAAAGAAGAGAAAUGUAAUUACGAUGUGAAUUACGUAUGUGCUCCAAUUUGAGCAACUAUACUCUCAUGCAGUGAUGAGGAUCUGCAGGCCCAACCAUGCCCUGUAUAAAACGGACAGGGGCGUGUUGAACAGUACAGCAUCCUUUUCAACAGGCAGAGGUUCAUGGUAGGCACAGGAGUUCCUCAACAGCUAAGUCAAUGUGGAGAAGGCUUCCUGUAGGUAAAAUGUUUGGGAAAUGUUGACAUCCUUAUCUCUGAAACUCUUUCAGACCCUGAAUUUGCUUUCUGUCACAAUGCGUAUCCUACAUCUAUCUGAAGGUCUGUUUUCCAUAACAAUACAUUGUAAAAUGAAUCUGUUAGCCACAAAUUGUAAGAAAGGCCCAUGAGAAAAGAUGACAAAACCGAGACUGCAGUUUUUUUUCAAUAUAUAUUGGCUUUUCUCAUGCCUGAGGAAAAAUCUGUUUUUUAAAAUGUUAUUUCCUUCUCAUCAUGGGGUCUUUGAUCCAUAUCAUAAAUCAACUUGUUAAAACCACCACCACCACUCCACUCCUAUUUAUGCACAUUCCCUUGCUCUUGUUCAUUCAAAGUAGCCAUCGCCUGGUCACUUGAGUGAUAAUUUGAUGGUCAAUUUGGGUCGGAUAUUUGAAGGCUUCCUAUUAUACUUAGCCACAUAAAGCCAGUGGUGGUUAAUUGGACUGGUUUUAGUGAUCCACUGCAUGUGCUUGCAGGUUGUUGUUAUUGUUGGUGAUGAAGAGUUCAUGUAGCUCUUUUGCCACCAACUCUAGAAAGAAAUGAGUGGGCCCUACAUUAUAAUGCCUCGAUCUAGUCUACAAAAGCUUAAUUCACUCAAGCAGAGGAUGUGGUAAAACUGUUCUAGACUAUUCUACAGAUCGUAGGUAGUGAACCAUAAAGCUGGAUGAUCUUUCUUUUUUAAACUAUCCAUAGAAAAUCUGAUGUCAGGGAGAAGAAUUCAUAUGCCUUUCCCCUGAUAUGUCAGUUUUCUAUAGGCAGGGUUUUUAUGGGUCAUAUAUUCAGACUGCAAGGGGACCGGUGGAAACUCAUGACUGAAGUAGACCAGUCCUGGAACAGUUCCUCUGUUGUGUGUGUGAAUUAGACCUAAGACCUUUUGAAAAGGGAGUUUUCCUAUCACAACAGAGGACCUUUUUGCUAUCUGGGCCUAGGCCCUGGAACUCCAUUCUGAAGACGGCCUAUCUCACUUCCCCAGUAACAACCCUGCGGAAGCUGGAGAAGACCUCCCUUUUUAGGAAGACCUUUGGUGUGGAAUUUUAACUUGCUGUGUUAUUUAGUCUCUACUAUUUAAUAUUUCAAUGGUCCAAUCCUAUGCAUGCUUAGGCAGAAAAAGUCCUACAACUUGCAACAUUCCCCAACCAGCAAUGCAUGUUUAGACAGAAAAAUGUCCUACAACUCCCAGCAUUCCCCAACCAGCAAUGCUUGCUGGGAGUUGUCAAACUUUUUUUCUGACUAAACAUGUAUAGGAUUGUGCCUUAAAUACCUUCAAUUGCUGUUGUGUGAUGUCUUUCUGCUGCUGAUUUUGUGCAUUAUGUUAUAAAGUGGAGGGAUGUCUUUAAUUGUUAUAUUAUUUACCUGUUGAGCCGACCUAGAACUCUUCAGCAAUCAGGUGAGCUAUAAAUGUUUUAAAAUAAAUUCAUAAAACAA